AUGUACAAAGCUCGAGGCCACACCGAGGUCCGCGUGGAGCUCCAAAUGGAGCGUUGGGCGGCCCGCGGCGGCUCGGUGCGGUUACGCUGCGUGCACGACGUGCCACCGCACCUGCUCGACAAAGUGGUGUUCCUGCGGCACGGGACCAAGAUCUUCCAGUACAUCCGGGACCGGAAACCGCCAUACCGGAACUUUACUACGCCCGGCGCCGUCCUCAACAUCGCACUGGCCACAGAGAACUCCAUCAUCCUGCAGAACCUGGACUUCGCGGCCAGCGGCAGCUACUCCUGCGAGGUGUCCAUAGACACACCCAUCUUCACCAAGGAGUCCAGCGAGAAGCAACUUACUGUUUUCCACCCCCAGAAACAUCACCCACGCAUUGACUUCCCAACACGCACCCUCGUCUCCGGAGAGACCCUUCGGGCCAACUGCACCACUGCUCCUGCACUCCCCGCGCCGCACAUCACCUGGUUCAUCAACGGCAAGAAGACUGACGAGCUGCUUGCCCACUCGCACAAGUACCGCGUGCCCAUGAGCGAGCGAAACGGACGACGCCUGCGACUCGAGCACGAGUCCAGCACGCCGCCGCCGCUACUUACGCUAACACACUCUUCGCACGCUGCUACGCGCGCACCCGGUUGCAGCCUUAGGGAGCACGCUAAAUUACAUAAUUCACACGAGCACGAGCCGAACGUCGUCCACGCGUCGUCGCGGCACCGGAGCCGGAGCCGGUCUCGGACGGACCGGGAACUGUACGUCACGGUGUCGGAGCUGCAGCUGGUGGCAACAGGCCGGCUCGAGAUCACGUGUGUCAGCACCAUACCUGAGUUCCGGAGCAUUCACGAUAGGUUCGCGGACCAGAGGAAUGACACUGUCAUUGUGGACGCAAUCCGGCCGUCAACGUUCUCGCAGCCGUCGGCCAACCUGACGAUGCCGGAGCCGACGGCGGCCGCGGCCAGCCCGCUGCCCUCCCUGCUGCUCUCCGUUCUGAUGCUACUUCACGCCUGAUGCUGAAGCGUUUAGACUAUGACGCGUGUCACAAGUUUACGUUCCUUCACUGCCAGACCUAAAGAAAAGUUACACUAGGACCCAAAGAUUUCGACCAGCGCGUUACACCGAAAAUCGUCGUGACGUGGAGAUGUUUUACCAUCGCUGAUGAACCUAUCAUAAACGUGUAUUGACUGUUAUUAUUCGUAAAUCUAUAGUGAACCCUGUAAUUUACAAUAUCUAGACAUUGAAGUUUAAAACAUGUUCAGAGCUAAUAACGCUGGAGCAGAUUUCGUACGCGAGGCAGGCGGGAAUCUCUGAUGUUAAUCUAAGAUCGGCGUAACCUGAGAUGCCUCGAGGUGCGCCCGUUUUACUGAAUUUCCUCUGAAACACAAUAAAGUCAGGUACUCGGCAAAAUUAAAUUUAUACAUGCCUAAAAUACGCUUAUUACUUGUCGACGUUUGUUUUUGUUCUGAGAACACCCAAAUAUUCCGAAUAUAAUUAAU